CAGCUGUCUGAUUUUGACAUGAUCAAAUGUUUGGUGGAAGAUGUUCGAGCCAGGCUGCGUUCUGGAGUGACAAUCAGUUCACUGGGGCAAUGUGUUGAGGAGCUUGUCCUCAAUAGCAUCGAUGCCAAAGCAACAUGUGUAGCUAUCAGGGUGGAUCUGGAAGCUUUUAAGAUCCAGGUGGUGGACAAUGGCUUUGGGAUGGAGAGAGAGGACUUAAAUGCGAUGGGAAAACGGUACUUCACCAGCAAAUGCAGCUCAGUGCGAGACUUGGAGAACCUGACGUUCUAUGGCUUUAGAGGGGAGGCUGUGGCAAGCAUAGCCAACAUGGCCACUCUAGUGGAAGUUUCAUCUAAGACCAGCAAGACAGCAAAAACAUUUGUGAAACUAUUUCACAAUGGGCAAGCACUGGAAGUCUGUGAAGCUGAAUUGAGCAGACCAAGUGGUGGAACUACAGUCACUGUAUGUAAUCUGUUUUAUCAGUUACCAGUGAGGAGAAAGUGUAUGGAUCCUGUGUUGGAAUUUGAGAGAGUGAGGCAGAAGGUAGAGGCUGUUUCACUGAUGCAUCCCUCUGUUUCAUUUUCUUUAAGGAACGAUGUUUCUUGUUCCAUGGUGCUUCAGCUCCCUAAGACAAGAGACGUAUACUCUCGGUUUUGUCAGCUUUAUGGACUGAGCAGAUCUCAGAAGUUACGAGAAAUAAAUCAUAAGUCUGGGGGAUUUGAGCUCAGUGGUUAUAUCAGUACUGAAGGGCAUUACAACAGGAAUAUGCAAUUCUUGUAUGUCAAUAGAAGGCUUGUUUUAAAGACAAGACUACAUAAACUAAUAGAUUUUUUAUUAAGAAAAGAAAGUGUCAUUUGCAAGGCAAAAAGUGGCCCUGUGAGCAGACAAGCUAGUUCAAGCUCUGGUCGCCAUCGUUGUGGCCCAGAGUUGUAUGGGAUCUUUAUCCUCAAUGUAACCUGUGCAUACAGUGACUAUGAUGUGUGUCUGGAACCUGCAAAGACUCUAAUCGAGUUCCAGAACUGGGAUGUCCUUCUAGCUUGCCUAGAGGAAGGAGUGAAAGUAUUUUUGAAACAAGAACAUUUAUUUAUUGAACCGUGUAGUGAGGACAUCAGAGAAUUUAAUGAAGAUAAUGACUUUUGUUUGCAUAAUGCUUCAGCUCUGAAGCCCUCAGUCUUUGAUGAGAAGGGCAUCCAAGACAGUUUUAAGAAAGCAUGCAGUGAAAUUGUGUCUUCCUAUGAAAUGUGUAGCUUGCAAUCAAAAGAUGUCAAAAGGAAAUGUGUUGCUGGAAAAAAGUCUUUGGGUCUUACAGAGUCAAAUAAAAACCUACAGGAAAUUGAAACUGCCCCAAAUCAGAAGAUUACUGAACCAUCUGAUCCACGUAGAAACAAUAAAGCAGACAUUCCACUGCCCAGCAAAGAUGACACAGUUUCUGGUUUCAGUAUGUCGAACGUCUCAGAGCAGGAGCCAAAAGACACUGACGCUUCCCAAAAAGGGCUUGAUAGUCAUCUGAAACCUUCGCAAAAUUUUCAUUCCUCUUUCAGUGGAGAGGCCAGGACAGAAAUGAGAAAAACAGACAGUUGUGUUGACCUGCAGCAUUGUGCAGAUGUUCACACAAAAGGUGUGGGAAACCAGCAAGGCAAAGCAGCUCAUAAAAAGAACACAGUCCCUACCUUAAAUAGUGAUGCUACUCAGUUGCCAUAUGCUUAUGAAACAUACAAAUCCUUAGUGGGAGAAAGGAGUGAGUGUAAUGACAGCUUUUCUAAGGAGGAUGCAUGCUGGCAAUCAGACACUAUGAGAACAGAGUCCAUGCAAAGUACUGUCAACCCAUCACCACUCAUCAACGCAGAAGGGGAAUACAUAGUCUCUUCAAGCAGUGUUUUAUCAUUACCUGCUGAAAAGGAUUGUGUUAACACCAUGUCUAAAGACAAAAGUACCUUAGAUGAGUCCUCAGAACAGAAUUUGAAAGAUACCACCUUGAGUAACUGGGAAGUCUCUGCAGAUAACACAGGCACAGGUAAUCCCAGGAAUGAUUUGUGUUCCGACUGGCUGCAAGAUUUUGAUGUUUCGUCGGGUAAGACAAUAUACAUCAACCAAGCAACUGGACUGAGCACCUAUGGCACUCCUCCUGCAGGAUUUCAAGCUGCCUGCAUUCAGGAUAUAACAACAAUGGCUGUGAAUGUGGUUUCAGAGAGCGAUGCUGAAGGGCAGUCUCUCCAGUCGUUGCUUUCAGAAUGGGACAAUCCUGUUUUUGUUCCCUGCCCAGAGAUUGCUGUUGAUGUGACCAGCAGUCAGGCUGACAAUCUGGCUGUGAAAAUUCACAAUAUCUUGUAUCCUUAUCGUUUCACCAAAGAGAUGGUUCACUCAAUGCAGGUUCUUCAGCAAGUGGACAAUAAAUUUAUUGCUUGUUUAAUCAACACUAGGAAUGAAAUGGAUAAAAAGGCAGAUGGAAACCUCUUGAUUUUGGUGGACCAACAUGCAGCUCAUGAACGGAUCCGCUUGGAGCAGCUUAUUGCAGAUUCCUAUGAGAAGGAAGCUGCAACAUGUGGAAAGAAGAAAUUACUGUCCUCCUCCAUCUCUCCCCCUUUGGAGAUUGAAGUUACAGAAGAACAAAGACGGUUUCUACGAUGCUGCUACAGAAGCUUGGAGGACUUAGGUCUUGAAUUAUCAUUCCCUGAGAACAACAGUUCCUUAAUUCUAGUGAGGAAAGUGCCACUGUGUUUUAUAGAAAGAGAAGCCAAUGAAUUACGACGGAAAAGACAACCUGUCACCAAAAGUAUUGUGGAGGAGCUUAUUCAAGAACAAGUUGAGCUAGUGCAGACCACAGGAGGAGGAGCACGAGGAACACUGCCUCUGACGUUUCUGAAGGUGCUGGCUUCCCAGGCCUGUCACGGAGCUAUUAAGUUCAAUGAGUGCUUGACUUUGGAGGAGAGCUGCAGGCUUAUUGAAGCUUUGUCAUCUUGCCAGCUGCCCUUCCAGUGUGCUCAUGGAAGACCUUCCAUGAUGCCUCUUGCAGACAUAGACCAUCUACAGCAGGAAAAGCAGCCUAAACCCAACCUGGCUAGACUACGGAAGAUGGUGCGAGCAUGGCAACUGUUUGGGAAGAAAAGACCCUAGUAAAAAAUGUUAAGACUGUGAGAUGUGACCACUGGAAGUGUUGGUAUGAUCAAGGUACCCCAGUUGCUAGACAACAAUAUGCUGUGUGGAGCCAAGUUUCCAAGCCAGUGUGGUCACUGAAGUUCCGCUCCAAGUAUUGACCCAGGAAGCAGAGACCAGCCAGGAGAACAUGGUAGGAGGAGCCCACUGUUGUAGUCUGGAGAAGCAUCUUCAACAUUGAGGAACUGCCUUGUAAGCCUCUGCCUUGUCAGUGCUUGACUGUCAGAGGCAGGAACUUGCAGCCACUUGUAGUUACUAAAGUGGUUUUCCUCUGCAAGCAUAGUAUGAUUCUGUGUAAUA